AUGCAUCUGUCGCUCUCCCUCAUCGUCGCGGGCCUGGCCCUGGGCACGUCUGCCGCCGCGGUUGCGGAGCGCAGCAUCACGUCGGGCACCAACGACGGGUCCAUUUUCCAGUUUGGCGACGCGGCGCGCUGCCGCAAGAUCCUGUACGACUCGGGGGCGUGCGGCCUGAGCACGUACUUCAAGGGCAAGGUGCCAGCCGGCGCGGCCCUGGUCGCAGUGCCCUCGCGCGUCUUCGACAAGUUUGGCCAGGCCCAGCACAACAAGCUCUGCGCCAAGACCGUCACCAUGACCUACAAGGGCGUGACGCGCAAGGUCAUUGUCGCCGACCAGAACACGAGCGACGAGCAGUCGUUCGACAUGUGCCUGGAUGACUGGAAGGCGUUUGGCGGCAAGGACGGUGAUGGUACCCUCCGCCGGGGCGUCAAGUGGUCCAUCGACUGA